GUAAAUUAAUAUUAAUAAUUGCCCAUCAAAAAAAUUAAGAGCGAUAAUGGAGGAAAAGAGAAAUGAUGAGCGUCAAAUGAAGAAGACAGAGGACAAGGAGAUGUCCUCACAACAUCAACCUGGGUUCCAUAAAAACUCAGAUGAUCCCAUUAGCCCAUGUGGUGCAGAAGUUAACAAAAUCACGUCACAGUCUCUAGGAAACGGGCACUUGGACCCUCUAGUGGAGACCCAACACCAGGCUAACACUCCUGAUCUCGCCAACCAGCGUACUGAUGAGUUGCUCCGCCAGUUAAUGGGGGAGCAAGAGAGUGGAAGCAUAAAUAUUGAUCAAAUUGCCUCAGAAGGGAUAGGGUGGUGGACAAGACAGAUGGACAGGAUGAAUCCAGAGGAGUUCCAACGAUUUUAUACAACGUUGGGAAUUCUCCGGGGGAGGGUACAAAGUCAUUUACAACAACGACUCAGAAUCAGGGACUCUAAUUCUGGGGAAACGAGCACAUCUACCUCUAGCAUUAGUACUAAUGGUAGAGUUAGGCGCAAACGACACUGAUAAUAAUUUUCUUUUGGCAUUUUAAAUAAUAUAUUGUCAUUUUCUUU